UCAUAAAGCCGUAUACUGAUCAGAUAGGAACAAAUUAAGGAUAAGGAUAAGGAUAGAGGUGAAAACACCAGAGUACUUGGCCUGUGGCGACACCUACCUCCCUCGAGUAAAUAUUUAUUUUCGAAUUUACUGCGAAGUAACAGAGGUGCUUCUAAAUGCUGUAAAAUAAUCACUAAAAUAUCAAAAGUUCUAAGCAUAAAAAUAUCGCAAAUUGAUAUUUUUAGACUUCCGUAAACCAUCAGAGCCUAUUUCAUUUUGUGUUGUAUUUCUAUUUUGAUUAUUGGCAAUACUCGCUUUCAGUUUGUUUAUGUAGGUUUCUCUAUUAUGUUAUUGGAUGUGAACGGAUUCGAAUUUUUAUUAAAUGUACUGCAUGCUAUGCGUAAACAAUAUAUUGAAAUUAGCUAUAUAUCAUUUUUAUUACUCUGCCCGUAUUCUAGCGUUACGGGCAGAGUAACAAAUUCUGGUCAUCAGAUAACAUACUUGUUGCUCCUUCGAAAUAUAGACUGCACAACGUAAUAAAAAUCAUGGAAUAUUUUUUACGUCAGUUAGAUCCCGAAAUUGAUAAUCCUAUUACAAUUUCUCUGGAUCGUGAUGAAAUAACCAUUGGUCGUCAAUUGCAGCCCUUUCUGUUAGGAUAUGGACAGUUGUCUCGAUAUCAUGCACGUUUUCAGAAAGUUAACAAUGUUUGGUUCGUCAAAGAUCUGAAAAGUUUAAAUGGAGUGUAUGUAAAUGGAGCACGUGUAAAUCAAGAGCCUCGGCAACUACAAAUUGGUGAUGUUAUUGGUUUUGGUGUGCCAAAUAUAAUUAAAGGUGCUUUCGUCGUUUCUUUAAGUGUUAGGAAUCCUCCUAUGAAUAUCAUAAAACAGGAAGAUGAUGAUGAUGAUGAUGUGGAAAUAAUCGAAAUUCGAAAUGAUAAGUAUGUUUCUUAUCCUCUUCCUAAUAAAAAAGAAACUGCCCAGCCAAAUUCAUCUGAUAAUAUUAAAUCAGCAUGCCAAACUAACUGUUUGCCAUCAGAGACAUCAGCAUCUGCUUCAAUAAAACCCUGCUGCAAUACAGACAUAGAGAAAAGUAAGGGAGAUUCUAGUUCAGUACUAAGAAGUCAGCAGGUGACUGUACACUGCAAUGGAGUUAAUGCAGAGGAAAUUUCCACACAGCAGACUAGUUUCAAAGAAAAAACAUCAAAACUUAGCAAAUGUAAAGUACAAAACUCUCCUAAAAAUAUAUCUGCUGAACUAUUGAAAGGUUCAGUCAAUCCAGAAUUUACUAUACACAACUCAAAAUUAGAUUCAUUUGUUUCUAAUGAUGAUGAAAGUAUAACGCAAGUAACUGAAACUUCUGGUAAUUUAUUCUUACCUCCUCUAGUUCCCGGGAGAAAAAUUCAAAAAUGCCCUGUUGAUAAUAGAUCAGAUUGCCAGAGGAAUUGUGUGUCUCCUUCACUUCCAUCAUCUACUUCACAAGAAAUCUCCACUAUUCCAUCAGUUAAACCCAGUGCAAGAAAAAUAUCUGUAGAGCAUAUUAAUUUAAAAGAAAAAUCAUCAGAUUUAAACAAAACUGAAAUAUUAAACUCUGAUCUUGAAAAAAUUCCUUAUGUAACAUUAGGUGAGACAGAAUUAACUGCACAUAAUUCAAAAUUAAGUAUGUCUAUUUUUAACAAUAGUAAACCUGAAAUUACUGAAUUCUCUCUUGAAUCAGAACACUAUGAAAAAUGUUUGUUGAAAAGAAAAGGUGGGAAAAAGGAGUCUGUGCAAAUUCGAGACUGUUACGUGCCAUUGGUAAAGUGUGAUUCUAAGUAUUUCCAUUUGCCUUCUGGUAUAAUAGUUGGAAAUUUUGACUGUUUGAGUCCUGUGGAAAUAUCAACAGCUGUAAAGACUGCAUCUGCAAGUAAUGGUAUAAAAUGUGAUAUGAAGAGAAAAAAUAGUUCUGAUUUUAUAUCUGAUGGAGUUCUUCCUAAAAAAUUGCAUUUAUCUACUGACUUACCAACAGAAAAUAUGCAGUCUGCAACUGUAGGUGCUAAAUCUGUAUUACGUGAUAAAAAGGAGGAAAAUUUUGGUUAUUCCCAGGAAGAAGAAGUUAUUUAUAUCUCUGAUGAUGAUUCAUUUUUAGAUUUUAAUUCAUCUCAGGUCAUCAUAAAGUCAGAACCUGUUGAUGAUUAUGAUGAAAUAGAUGUGGAACAGGAAAGUUAUAUCUCUGAGAAAACUUCUGUACCAGCAUCUAGUUUUGUAGCCGUAAAUAAUAUAGAUGAUGAUGGUUUAGAUAUAAUAAUGGAAUGUGAGGAGGAUUUUGAUGUUCCUUUCAGAAAUAAUGUGUCUGCCAAAGAGGAAAAUAGUGAAACACUGGAAGAUAUUAUAAAGUUCGUUAAUUCCAAGUACAAAGAAAAUUCAGAAAAUGAGGUGAAAAAAGGGAUAACUGCAGAAGCCGAGAUCGACUUCUUUCCUGAACUUUCUCAAAAUUUUUAUGCUGAAGACUGUGCAGAAGAUAAUAUAUUAGCUAAUAAAUAUAAUCAGUCUAGCUUUGCUAGUACUGAGAAUUCUAAAAAUAAACUUGUACGCAAAUCAUGUGGAAGAACAUUACUAACAGAUCCCAAACCAAUGGAAAUAAGAUCUCGUAAAAUAAGAGGGAGGGAAGAAGGUUUCAUUGAACGGAGCAAAGAUUGUGAUGCUAAUUUAGAUAGUGUUAGUCAGAAAAGAAAAUCGAAAGCAAAAAAUGACAAAAAUUUAUCUAAGAAAGGCAACAAAGCAACCAAACCUUCUACAUCAGAUUUCAUUAAAGUUGCAAGUAAUAAAUUAGGCAACUUUAAAAUCCCAAAGAAAGCAAACGUGAAACAUGAUGAAAAUGAAAGAAAUAAAGAACAGACAUCUGGGCAGAAUGGGUCACAAAAACUACAGAAUUCAAGCAGAGAUAAAAAGCCACCUAUUCCAAGACGAGCAGAUAAUUAUGGUUCCCGAUUAGGAUCUUUAGUGGAGGACAUGCAAAAGAAAAAGCCUCCUCAAAGCAGAAAAUCUGCAUCCAUAAAAUCUUCACCACAAAAGUUAAAGAAAUUGGAAAGUUCAAGAAUUAAUCUUAGCAAUGUAUACAAACAACAAACUACAGUGGAACAUUUUUCUAAACACAACGAUAUAUCAGUGCAGAAAACUGCAUCUAAAGACAGUUAUGCUUCAAUAACUCAAAAUGGCCAAAACUCUCACAAUCAGGUAUUUAGACAAAGUGUUCGUUUGGUGUCUGAUGUAUCACAACAAAGUACUUCAGUAACUUCCGCAUCAGGAAAAAGUUACAUUUCCGAGAAUGGCAUGCCUUUUGUGAAAUCAGAUGGUUUACCUUCUUAUGUUGCUGAUCCCCGGUUGAAAAGAAAUGUGCAAAAGGUGCGAGGACAGUUGUCUAACAAGCAUUCAAAUGUAGAAAUGAAUGAAAAGGGCCGUGGUCAUUUCAAGAUUUCAAUGCAAAAUAAUCCACAUCAAACUCAAGGAUUGGAGAAAAAUAGUAAUAGUGUAUCUAGAAUAAAAUUUUAUACUGUUUUAGAAAAAGUUUUGGGAUUAAAUGUGAAAUGGCUUGAAGAACAAAAAAAGAUAAAAUUUCCUCCUCCAUAUGUUUAUGAAGGAGCCGAUCAUUUGCCUUUACAUUUUGAUUCCCUAGACAAAUACGUUUCUUCGUUUUCACCUAUGCUGAUGCUAGAACUGUGGGAUUUAAUAUGUCAAGAAUCUGCACCUAUCAUAGAUAGCCAAAAUUCUCGGAAUAAGUUUUAUUUUGAAAUAGUAUCUAGUAAAUUUGAAGAAGGUAUGACUAAAUUGUUAUGUAGAUCAAUCAUAAAUAAAUUAUCGUUCAACCCAGUGGAGGGGAAUUUAAUUAUUAUGCAUAUCCAAUAUCAAAAUAAAGAUAAAUGUAGUAAUCCUAUAUUUGGAUACAUAAACAAGUUUACUGUAGAGGAACUGACUCCUGAUAUCUUGAACUCUGAUGUGUGGCGUAAAAUGCCUCCACAAUGGCUAACUAGUGCAAAACUUUGUUCUUUUUCAGUUUAUGUCAAGCGUAGACAUAUGCAGCCAAAGUACAAACAUUUAAUGAAAGCUAAUGGUAUAUGUUCUUUGAGAAAUCGACUGCGCUUGGCAGACUGCUUACAUAAUAUCGUAUUUUCUCCAUUACAUAUGGAUAUUAUUUGUCCACGCUUCGAAACGUUUUUUGUUAACUAUCGAUCAGGUAUAUUUCCUUCUCGUGAUUUCAAUUUUUCUCAGAUGCAAUUUAUUGAAGGGGUCGCCACUGAUUUGCAGUGUUCUGUACAAAAGCCCAAAAUAAUUUUACUGCAGGGACCUCCUGGAGCUGGUAAAACCCAUACGAUUAUUGGCUUAAUUGAGGAAAUAUUAAAUUGUAAUAGCAUCAAAGGGAAAAUAUUAAUAACUGCACCUUCCAAUGCAGCAGUUGACGAAAUUGGUUUAAGAUUGGUUAAGUUAAGCAAGCAAUCAAAGUGGCAGUCUGAGAAAGUAACAUUUGUUCGUAUUGGGCAACCGGCACAAAUGCAUCCUGAAAUUUUAAAGUACUUUCUUGAUGAAAAAGCUUUUAACUUAUAUCAUGAAGAAAGGCAGACUAAUAUAGAUCAAAAAAGAAAAGAACUGAAAGAUUUGGAAACAAAAAUUAAACAGUUAGAAGAGAAAAUGAGAAAUGCACCAGAUAAUGCCUCAGAAGCCAGUUUAAAUUCCUUGAAAUCGCAGUGGCAAAAUAAAUAUUCACAGUUUUCUUUCAAAGGCUUGGCUUAUAGCGUUCAGAAUCUGUACAGACAAAAAGUUUUAACGGAAUCUAAGAUUGUACUUAGCACCCUAGGUAGUUGUGGUCAAUCCAUAUUGCAUAUGACAUUUAAGCCAAAUCCCAGAAGUUUUUUUUCAUGUUGUAUUGUUGAUGAGGCAACACAGUGUACCGAACUUGAAAUGCUUCAACCUCUUCUAUUUCAAAUGGACAAAUUAAUUUUAGUUGGUGACCAUCAACAGUUACCUGCAACAGUUAACUCAAAAUUAGCUGUUGAGUAUGGAUUUGAAAGAUCAAUGUUUGAAAGAUUUCAUGUAUAUUUCAAGAAAAACUUCCAUGAUAGUCCUUUAUUUAUGUUGAGAGAGCAGUACCGUAUGCAUUCUCAAAUAUGUCAUUUUCCAUCAAAAUACUUUUAUGAAGGAAAUUUAAUUACUUCUCCAGAAACUGAUAUCAGAGAUGUAUAUUUCAAAGUGUUCCCAUAUUUGGUAUAUGAUGUACAAGAUAGUUUGGAAUCAAAUGCAGCUAAUUCAAAAGCCAAUCAGUAUGAAGCUUUCUCUAUAGUUAAAAUUUGUGAACAGCUUUUACUGAUUGACUCCAAGAUGCCUAUAGGAAUUAUAACACCAUACCAAGGACAGCUUGCUAUGUAUAAAAACUGUGUAAAUAACAGUCCUGCAUGGAAAACUAUUGAAGUAAAUACAGUUGAUGGUUUUCAAGGCAGAGAAAAAGAUGUAAUAAUAUUUUCUUCUGUUCGAGCUAAUAAUUCUGGAAACAUUGGCUUCGUCAGCUCCAAAAAGCGGCUGAACGUGGCAAUAACGCGAGCUCGUAAGUGUCUGAUUAUAUGUGGCCAUAUGAAAUCUUUGAUCUGUGACCCUCACUGGAAAGCUCUGAUACAAGAUGCUAGAGAAAGAAGAGUUUAUUAUGUUGUCAAUUCAUAUAAAGACAUACCAUUAAUAUUUAGAAAAGCAAUUAAAAGUACAACAUGAUUUCACUAUUAUUGCUAUAUGGAGGUGUAACCAUCUGAAACUAUUUGUGGCUAAUAUAUGGAAUGAUAAAUUUUUAUGCAUUUGGCAUGGUUACUUGCUGUUUUGUAUGCACUAAGAUAUCAGCUAUUAUAUAGCUUACUUAUAAACUGAUGUUAAAUUUUAUUAUAAAAAUUAUUUUAAAAAUUUUGAGAUUGGCAGUGAACAUAAAAUUCAGAAUAGGUAAGUUAUACCAAUUUCAUGUUUUUUAAUUAAGUGUAUAAAUAAGCUUCCCAAUAGAGUAAAAAUUUAUUGAAGUGCCUGUAGAAUUUAAAAACCAUGCAGAGUGUAAAAUGUUUUUGACAAAAUUUGUAUUUUUCUUACAAAAUCUGGUUAAUUUAAAAGAGGCAUAAUUCUGUAACAUAGUUUCAUUUACAUAUUUAAAGUUGAAUAUGUUAUAAACAGAAACUAACACUGUAUGAAAUCUUUGCUACUGUUCAUCAGUUUGGAUACUUAAUGUUUCUCUUACAGUUAAUUAGGGACUUAAUAUUCAUGUUUUUUAAUAAGGUAAUGGAAAGCUAAGAUUAUGUAUUUAUGUAUAAUUAAUAUGUGAUGCUAAUACAUUGUAAAAUUUGUUCAUGGACAUUGUUAAGAAUAAAAAUGUAUUUUCGUGCUUUUAGAUCA